GAGCCAACCCCCUCCUGCUCAGAGCGACUGCGGCCUGUACGGAGCGAGGCCUGGGACCACGCAGGACUCAAGGCCUGGCCAUGAACGCCACUGAGGCCUGGAGCCCCAGCCCAGAUGUGGUGUCCUGGGACUACUCUGGGUCGGGCGCCCUGGAGGAGCUGGAGUUGUGCCCUUCCUGGGACCUGCCCUACGGCUACGCCUACAUCCCUGCGCUCUACCUGGCGGCUUUCGCAGUGGGCCUGGUGGGCAACACCUUCGUGGUGUGGCUGCUGGCGGGGCGGCGUGGGCCGCGGCGGCUGGUGGACACCUUCGUGCUGCACCUGGCCGCCGCGGACCUGGGCUUCGUGUUCACCCUGCCACUGUGGGCGGCGGCGGCGGCGCGCGGAGGCCACUGGCCCUUCGGCGAAGGCCUCUGCAAGCUCAGCAGCUUCGCGCUGGCCUGCACGCGCUGCGCAGGCGCGCUACUGCUGGCCGGCAUGAGCGUGGAUCGCUACCUGGCCGUGGUGAAGCUGCUUGAGGCGCGGCCGCUGCGCACCCCGCGCUGCGUGCUGGCUGCGUGCUGCAGCGUUUGGACCGUGGCGCUUCUGGCCGGCCUGCCCUCCCUGGUCUACAGAAGGUUGCAGCCCCUUCCCGCGGGCCCCGGCAGCCAGUGCGGGGAGGAACCCUCCGACGUCUUCCAGGGCCUCAGCCUGCUGCUGCUGCUGCUCACCUUCGUGCUGCCCCUGGUCGUCACUCUCUUCUGCUACUGCCGAAUCACGAGCCGCCUGCGCAGGCAGCCAUACGUGGGCCGGGCCCGGAGGAACUCGCUGCGCAUCAUCUUCGCCAUCGAGAGCACCUUCGUCGGCUCCUGGCUGCCUUUCAGCGCCCUGCGAGCCAUCUUCCACCUGGCGCGUCUGGGGGCACUGCCACUUCCCUGUCCUCUGCUGCUGGCGCUGCGCUGGGGUCUCACCAUCGCCACCUGCCUGGCUUUCGUCAACAGCUGCGCGAACCCGGUCAUCUACCUCCUGCUCGACCGCUCGUUCCGCGCCCAGCUGCCGCACGGGGCCUGCGGGAGGGCCGGUCGCCAAGUGCGCAGGAUCAGCUCGGCCUCCUCUCUGUCCAAGGACGACAGCUCAGUGUUCUGGGGCCGUCCCCACGCCGCGAACAUGGCCCCGGCCUCCUGGUAGCUUCUCCAGGCGAGCGGAGAUGGACAGCAGCGGAGCACUGACUGCACAGGGG